AAGAGCUGGCUGGAGUGUGGUUGUGCGCAAAAAAUGCUGCAUCACAUUCACAUGGCGGUGCGAGCGUUGCGAAAGUGCGGCGGUUAAUUCAUUGUGUGUCCGAGUCAUGUCGUGCGUCUUAUCAGCCGUCGCUUAUCUCUGAUCUCCGCGAACCGACUGCCCGCGAUCUGAAUCUGGAUCAAAAGCAGUGUGCAUUGUCAUUCGUGGCGGAUUGGAGCUGUGUGAUUCGAGGCAGCAAUCAUGUUCGGCCGACUUGCGGGAAAGCAGGUGCCAAAUAAGGAGUACGCCGUCGUCCCGGGAAAGGUCAACCCGGACCUGCAGAACGAGAGGAAAAAAUGCACCUUCGACACCCUCGAACUGACCCACUUCCUCGACGGUGGCGUCGAAAAGUACAAGGACAGGAAGGAGAGAGAAAAUUUCUUCCUGAGCGACCCUGAGCUGAUGGACGACGUGCCGCCGGAACUGAUGAGCCACGAGGACCAGUACCGCAACGGCCUGAAGAAGGCGUGCUACCUGUUCAAGAAGCUCAAGGAGCUGCGCGAGAACGGCGGCACCAUCGACAACUACAGGCAGCUGUUGGGCGGUUCGCUCGGCUCGGCCAUCUUGAAGGACGGAAACCCGCUGGCCCUGCACUACGUCAUGUUCAUCCCGACCCUGAUGGGCCAGGGCACCCCUGACCAGUGCGCCUACUGGAUCGAAAAGGCCUGGGACUGCCGGGUAAUCGGCACCUACGCACAGACUGAAUUGGGUCACGGGACCUUCAUCAGGGGUCUGGAGACGACGGCGACGUACAACCCGAAGACGCAGCAGUUUUUCUUGAACAGUCCGACGCUGACCUCGUACAAAUGGUGGCCCGGAGGCUUGGGUCAAACGGCGAACUACGCGGUGGUGGUGGCGCAGCUGUACACCAAGGGCGAGUGCCACGGCAUCCACCCCUUCAUCGUGCAGCUGCGCGACGAGAAGACGCACCGGCCGAUGCCGGGCGUCAUUGUCGGAGAAAUCGGGCCGAAACUCGGAAUGAACGCCACCAACAACGGCUUCCUCGCCUUCAAGCAGGUGCCCAUCCCCAGGAACCAGAUGCUCAUGAAGAAUGCCCAAGUCCUGCCGGACGGCACGUAUGUGAAGUCUCCGAGCAACAAGCUGACGUACGGCACGAUGAUGUUCGUGCGCGUGGUGAUCGUGCAGGACAUGGCCUCCUACCUGGCCAAGGCGGUCACCAUCGCCGUCCGCUACAGCGCCGUCCGCAGACAGUCCGAAAUGGUGCCAGGGCAGUCCGAGCCGCAGAUCAUGGACUACCUGACGCAGAUGUACAAGCUCUUCCCGUACAUCGCCACGGUUUACGCGCUCAAAUUCUCGGCGCAGUGGCUGUGGAACAUGUACAACGACGUCACGGCCAAGAUCGACGCCGGAGACCUCGAACUCCUUCCCGAGCUGCACUCGAUCGCGUGCUGCCUGAAGGCGGUGAGCACCGCGGACACGGCGACGGCCAUCGAGACGUGCAGACUGUCGUGCGGCGGACACGGCUACAUGGCGUGCAGCAACCUGCCAACCACCUACGGAAACGUCACCGCGGCCAGCACCUACGAGGGCGAGAACACGGUCAUGCUGCUGCAGACGGCCAGGGCGCUCAUGAAGGCCUAUGCCAAGGCCCAGGCAGGCGAACAACUUUCGCCAACUGUCGAAUACCUGAACCGGAAUAGGAAGUUCCGGCCGUGGAGCAACACUGUCGACUCCGUCGUUGAGGGAUUCAAACAAAUCGCAGCCGGAAAGGUUGCGGCGUGCGCCCUGAGUUUGCAGAGGGGCGUGGAGAGCGGUCUGAGCUCCGAGGAGACGUGGAACCGGGCGUCGGUGCAGCUGGUGGACGCGGCGGAGGCGCACUGCCGCGCCUUCAUCACCGACCGCCACCUCGACAUGGUGCGCAACGGCAUGAAUGAGCUCAGCCCCGCCCUCAGGGAGGUGAUGGCGCAGCUGUGCGACCUCUACUGCGUCUUCUGGGCGCUCAAACGCACCGGCGACUUCCUCCAGUUUUGCGGCAUUCGGGGCGAGGACGUGCAGAAGCUGCAGGACUACCAGAACGAGCUGCUGGUGCAGAUUCGUCCGAACGCCGUCGGCCUGGUGGACAGUUUCGAUUUGCGCGACGAGAUCAUCAGCUCUGCCCUCGGCAGCUACGACGGCCAGGUGUACGAGCGGCUGCUGCAGUCCGCCAUGCUGAGUCCGCUCAACGCCAAGCCGGUGCACGACUCGUACGGCGCCAGCCUCAGCGCCCUCCUCAGGGCAAAGUAUUGAUUGACCGGAUUGAUCCAAAUCAAAGUGAUAUUGCUGCUGUUUUAACCAUCACAUUUAUUUUUUAGUUUUUAUUCAUUAAAUUGUUUCUAUUUUCCUUUUUACACUUGUUAUUUGUUAUAAUUAUUCCGUGUCUUCCGCGUGAUUGUCGGCACGAUUUGUAAGUCUGGUUAAUUGUUGAUGGAUAAAUAUAUAUUUUUACAUAUUGCAUUGAAAA